GUUCAUAGAGGCAGUGCUGCCAUCGAAGAUCAGGAUUAAUUUAGAAGAUAACGUGCAGUAUGUGUCCAUGAGAAAAGCUCUAAAAGUGAAGAGGCCGCGUUUUGACGUAUCGCUGGUGUAUUUAACCCGGAGAUUCAUGGAUCUGGUCAGAUCCGCUCCGGGGGGCAUCCUGGACUUAAACAGGGUGGCAACCAAGCUGGGUGUGCGCAAGCGCAGGGUGUAUGACAUCACCAACGUCUUGGACGGCAUCGCCCUGGUCGAGAAGAAAUCCAAGAACCACAUCCGGUGGAUAGGAUCCGACCUGAACAGCUUUGCAGCCAUGCCCCAGCAGAAGCAGCUGCAGCAGGAGCUGUCCGACCUAUCCGCAAUGGAAGAUGCUUUGGAUGAGUUGAUUAAGGAUUGUGCUCAGCAGCUGUUCGAGUUAACAGAUGACAAAGAGAAUGAAAGGCUGGCCUACGUCACGUACCAGGACAUCCACAGCAUCCGGGCCUUCCACGAGCAGAUUGUCAUCGCGGUGAAGGCCCCAGAGGAGACGAGGCUGGACGUCCCCGCGCCCAGAGAGGACUCCAUCACUGUGCACAUCCGGAGCACCAAGGGGCCCAUCGACGUGUACCUGUGCGAGGUGGAGCAGAGCCGCCCGGCUGCAAGCACGCGCCCUGCACGCCCCGACAAAGAGGAGCCGCCACAGCAGAGGGAAGAGAUGCUGGGGGUGAGCAACUGACACCGCCAGAGCCGCCACCAGCCAGGGUGCAGUCACAGCGUCCAGCAGCGGCGACCCCUACAGGGCGGCGGAGAAGAACUUCGUCCCUCCCCUCCUUGUGGUGGCAGUUGGCCAGGAGUGCUUCGAGUGGCUCCCGCCUUAGGCGCCCGGACGGCGUCAUCUGCUCAGACGAUGCUCUGUCCCCACUCGCUGUCCUGCGGGAGACGCAGGGAACAGCAGGCAGGCAGGGCCUCCCGCCUCCUGUCACAGACACAGGAGCAGUUGCCUUACCUGGGUCACGCCGGCAGCUCACAGGUGCACGGGCCUGUGCAGUGUCUGUACUUACCUGUAUCAUGUUUAGCUUCCUGUGAAACACGUCCCGUGACCCCUGCACCUUGUACAAGAUCAUGGCCUGUGGACAGUGGCCUCGGGCGCCGAGUCCUCGGUUCUCUAAUUUAUUAGACUCCUGGGCCAGGAGAGAGGAGAGCUCUCUGCCCGUGCAAGGACCACAGUGCGCAGUGUUGCCUGCAGCUCCCAGCGUGGUCAGGGAUCGUGCCGUCCGCGGGGUCCCCAGGAUAGGUGUGGGCCACAGCCAGAAGUGCUGUCCGUGACGAUGACUCAGUCACGGUGUUGUCGGAGCUGGGCUCAGCUUCCUGCAGGUAGGCGUCGUCAGGAGUUCCUGUGUGGCCUUCCCCUCUGUUGGGGCUCUUGUCCCCCCACCCCGGCGCUGGUCCCCUCCAAGCACCUCACGCUCUACCUCAGCGGUAAGUCAUUUACCACCCCGUGCCUCAGUUUACUCAGUAGUUACCAUUAGACUGUGAGCUCCUUAGGGGCUGUUGUCACUGUCACCUCCCAGCGCCUUGCAUCCCGCCUGUCCCGUCUGAAGUGAACGGUGAAAGUGGCAGAUGAGUAUGGGGCGGGUGAAGUCCAGCUCAUCUCUCGGGCAGGAUUCCUGUGAGCAUCAUGGAUUCAUAUGUUCAGCCUCUCACUUUCAGAGAAAGGUUUGACCGUGUAUAGAAAGUUUUAAAAUAAAGCUCUAAAACUACCAGGUUGUGUAGAAUUAGCGAAGGAAAAGCUGCAGGGGGCGC